AUGCCCAAAAGUCCCAUGCCUUUCCGGACCAACCACCGGCGAUUUCCUACAAGUCUCUCUUUUUGUUUGGGGGGAGCAGAGCAGUCAAAGAAUGAACCAAACAAAAUGAUUGGUCUUGUUGUACACUCACUCUUAGUCAAAAUUUCCUGUUUGAUGUUCGUGUUCGCAGAUAUGAUGCAAGGAAGAAUAGACUUACAUCAUGAUGUCUUUUUCUUCGUUAUUCUGAUUUUGGUUUUCGUAUCAUGGAUCUUGGGUCGCACUUUAUGUCAUUUCUGCUAUAAAAAAUUUUUAAAUUCAUGGGUACCUAAGAUUGAGAAAACUUGGACCAUUUUCCCGUGUAUUGUUUGCUUGUCUAUGAAUUUCGCAGGGUUGAUGCAACUGGCAGAAUGCGCUGACAACUCAUUAGAUCUGGAAUUUCGCUUAGGCCCCCCAGGAACGCCGCUAGAAAGGGGGGAAGCGUCUCUUCCAAAUCUAAAUGAGCUUCCCGACAUACUAUAUGAACAACGGGUUCUAAUUCAAGACUCUGAUUUUUUCAACGUUGAACUUGAGCAGAACGAAAUGGCUUCUCUAAUAAAUCGACUUCCUAAGGAAGAACUUUAUGACGUAAUUAGGGAAGACUCCAUUCGAAAGCCACUAAACGAGUUCAACGCGGAGCAGCAAGCACGGUUAAGGGAUAUAGCUAUUAACCACUUUUCAUUAAAAAAUGAAAUAAUCGAAAAAAUGAAAUCUCUUUAUCCCAACGAUGAAUGGGAUUUGACAAAAGUCAUUCGAGAGAAAUUCUUUUGUGGACGGCAAAAAGAUCGGGAGUCUUCCUUGGAAGAUCUCAAAAGGAUGCUUGCUGCUUUAAAUGAAGAGGGGAAAUGCGCGAGUUGCGCACAAAGGCUAAAAUUUAAUAUUACAAAUUGGAAUUGGAAAGAAUGA